AAUCCCAGGCGCGUAAAAAAAAGGAAAAAACUCCCAGCCGCCAUGUCCCUCUCAUCUCUCUCGCUCUCUCCUGCGCGGCGCCUGGAUUUGGCUUGGCCGUGGCCGCCGCUGGGUGUCCUCCCAGUGCCGUGACCGCCGUCGGGUGUCCUCCCUACGCUGCUGCCAUUCUCCGCUCGAAGGGGAUCGAUGUUGUGGAUGGGUGGUGUCCUCGCAGCACCCUCAUUGCCGGUGCUCUCCUUGCUACGCCGCUGCCGACGCAGACUCGAAGGGGAGGCUCUGGGUGUUGGAUGCGGCAGCCGCGAUUUCUUUGCCGGCGGAUCCGGUGGCUCAUCAAUGGCGUCCACGCCAGCGGUUUUUCCUCAGUGAUCAUGCAACUUCCGAUAUUUCAACCCUUGCGGGAGAAGUAUCAAACGCACUUCAGUUCAUGGUUCUGGGACAAGGUUUUUCCUCUAGCAGGAGAUGUGUCCUUGAAGAAUUUCGGUAUAGGAGACGCUAGACUGGCUGAAGAUAUAAGGAAAGAAACAAAUAUUAUUGUUCACAUGGCUGCGACAGUAAACUUCGCAGAAAGAUAUGAUACAGCGUUGGCAAUAAACACUAUGGGUGUGAAGCAUAUGAUAGAUUUUGCAUCAAAAUGCACAAACCUAGAGCUCGUUCUUCUUGUGUCAACAGCUUAUGUCAAUCUAAUGAAACAAGCUUAUGUCAAUCUAAUGAAACAAGGGAUCAUGAUGGAGAAGCCGCUUCAACAAUGGAGGAGUUAUGAUGGUCGAUCAGAUCUAGAUAUUUCAGAAGAGAUGGCAUUUAAGGAUGAAAAGUUGAAGGAGCUAGUUUACAACAAUGCUUCAGAACGUACCAUAAGACACACCAUGAAAAAGAUAGGCGCACAAAGAGCUAAGAAGUUUGGAUGGGCGAAUGCCUAUGUGUUCACAAAAGCAAUGGGUGAGAUGCUGGCAUAUGAACAAAACUCACGGCUCCCAAUUGUUAUCAUCCGUCCAUCAGCCACAACAAGCACAUGGAAGGAGCCUUUUCCUGGAUGGAUAGAAGGAGCCAAAGCAAUUGACACAUGGAUCACUAACUAUGGUAAGGGGACACUGAAGUUUUUUCCUACAGAUGUGGCAACAGUCAUAGACAUUGUACCUGCAGACAUUGUGGUCAAUGCGAUGCUUUGUAUUAUCAGCUACCAUCCUCAAGGAACAGCAGACUUCAUCUAUCAGAUUGGUUCUUCCAUGAGCAACCCGAUCAAGCUUGGCCAGAUGUCUCAAACAACGUACAAAUACUUCUCGCAGAUACCAUUCGUCGGUGCAAAAGGAGAUGUAGUCAAGGUGAAACAACCGAAUUUUCUAGCAACAAUGGCCAGCUUCUACGAGACCAUGGAUAAACACUACAAAAUGCCUUUGCAGGAUAUGUUGCGCCGUGGGUUAUCUACCACUGAAGACCGUCAUAUUUACAACCAUCUCAAGAGAGAGUAUGAUUUUACUGUUGCCGUGGCAGAGGUAUACUGGCCAUUCACAAUAUCCAAAACGAGGUUCGAUGACUCGAAAAUGCAGAAUCUUAUGGGAAUGGUUACUGAAAGAGACCGAGAAUUGAUACCCUGUAAUAUAAAGUUCAUCAAUUGGGACAAGUACUUUAUGGAAACUCACAUCCCCGGUGUCAUGGAUUAUGAGUCAAGGGAAUUGACAAGAGCUAGGCUAUAGAAGUUCCUCAUAAAGCUGCAAGCCUUCUCUGAAUGCCACAUAGAUUGAAAUAAAUCCUUUCAGGUGCACCACUCACCGUUGAGGAUUUAUCCGAGACAUUUAUAUGUUUUAGUGAGUCGAUGUUUGUGAUGUACUCCUCCCUUCCCAAAUUAUAGAGUACCUUUAUUUUAAGGGAAAAUCAAACUUGAUAUUUUUUUUACUACUGAUUAUACUAACAAUAUCUAUGCCAAGUAUUAUGCAUGUUAUAUCA